AUGGCAGAAUUCUCCUAUGAGAAGCAUGAGCUCGGUGGCUCAUCCUUUACCCAUCGCCCUCACCACACAACGCCAUCGCAUUCCUACCAAUCAACCCCUCUCUCGCUCUACAGCCCUCAGACAUCCCCAUUUCCAACUUCACAAAGAACACGUUAUACCCGUGUACCUCCCACUACCCCUUUUGCUUCUGACCAUGACCAGUCAUGGCAAGCCGAAAUAUCAUGGCAGGUUGAGCCCACUGGCCGGAUAGACAGCAAUGGCAGUUCUCUUGGUGCUGCAUUAAGCCCAUGGACUGGACAAGCAGCACCAUCACGGACACCCUCCCCAGCCCCUUCUCCAGGCAGACGUGUGUUUCGUCAGUCAGCUAAAGACUACUAUCUUUCUGGUGGUGAUAUAAAGUUUCGUAACUUUACUAACCCGUAUUAUGAAUAUUCAAAUGUGUUGUCUCCUGGCAGAAUCGAGCUUCAAAGCCAUGUUGCGGAUCAUCAACCACAGAGUAGUUCCUUUAAUGGUGGUUAUAUCAAGUCUCCAACUUUUGCCAAAAUGGGAACUAGCAGCACUCCUAGGAAAAGCAAUCUUUCGAACUCAGAUAUAGAAGAUGAAAUAAUAACAAACAUACAAGAUCCCCGAUGGUGGUCUGUUUCUCGUGCUUAUGUUGAUGGUCACAAUAGUCAUCUUAAUGGGAUUUCAUUUAGAAGUCAUGAUCAUCAUCAUAGUCUCCAUAGUUACAGUGAGGAUAGUGGACAUUUUUCUCAUAUUCCUCAAUAUCUUCAAAGUUAUGAUGUACAAGGAAAAGAGUUUGAUGAGGACGAAGAUGAAGAUGAGGCCCCGCCACCGAAAACUAUAGGGAUUUUUGGAUUAUUUAAGUUUUCGACGAAAUUAGAUAUGUUUCUUGUAAUAAUAGGUUGCAUUGGUGCUUUGAUAAAUGGAGGAUCUCUACCAUGGUAUUCUUAUCUUUUUGGAAACUUUGUCAACCAGAUUGCUUUAGACAAUGACAAAGAUCAGAUGAUGAAAGAUGUCAGAAAGGUAUGUGUGCUUAUGGCAGGAUUGGCAGGAAUAGUUGUAAUUGGAGCCUACUUACAGAUGGCUUGUUGGCGAUUGGUGGGGGAGCGAUCGGCUCAUAGAAUAAGAACCAAGUACUUAAGGUCAGUUUUAAGGCAGGAUGUCAGCUUCUUUGACACAGAAAUUAGUACGAGUGAUAUCAUACAUGGAAUCUCAAGUGAUGUUGCUCAAAUUCAAGAAGUUAUGGGAGACAAGAUGGCACACUUUAUAUAUCACAUAUUCACAUUCAUUUGUGGCUACACGGUUGGCUUCUUAAAAUCUUGGAAGGUUUCUCUUGCGGUUUUGGCUGUCACUCCAUUAACAAUGUUCUGUGGCAUCGCUUAUAAGGCAGUCUAUGUUGGCCUUGCCACAAAAGAAGUGAAUUCUUACAAGAAAGGUGGUAAUAUAGCAGAACAAGCGAUAAGUUCAAUUAGAACCGUAUUUUCUUUCGUCGCAGAAGAGAACUUAGCAGCUAGAUAUGAUGCAAUAUUGGAUGAAUCGGUCCCUGUUGGAAAGAAACUUGGUUUUGCAAAGGGUAUAGGAAUUGGGGUAAUAUACCUAGUUACAUAUUCAACAUGGGCAUUAGCUUUCUGGUAUGGAUCAAUUUUGGUAUCGAGAAACGAACUAUCUGGUGGUGCAGCCAUUGCUUGCUUCUUUGGAGUGAAUGUUGGUGGCAGGGGUUUGGCAUUAUCGUUAUCAUAUUUUGCGCAAUUUGCCCAAGGGACUGUAGCAGCUAGUAGAGUGUUCGAGGUUAUAGACAGGAUCCCAGCCAUUGAUCCUUAUAGUACCAUGGGGAGAAAACCCGAGACUGUCUUUGGUAAAGUGGAGUUAAAAGGUGUUUCUUUUGCUUACCCGUCUCGCCCAAGUGUCCCAAUUCUCAGUUCCCUCAAUUUGGUAAUACCAUCCCAAAAAACUUCAGCACUAGUUGGUGCAAGCGGAGCCGGAAAGUCAACCAUUUUUGCCCUCUUGGAGCGGUUCUAUGAUCCUAUUGAGGGCUUUAUUUUGCUGGAUGGUCAAGAUAUAAAGAGUUUACAAGUGAAGUGGCUAAGAAGUCAAAUGGGUAUGGUGGGUCAAGAGCCCGUUCUCUUUGCAGACACCAUUCUUGAAAAUAUUCUGAUGGGUAAGGAGAAUGCCACCAAGAAAGAGGCAAUCACUGCUUGCAUUGCCGUAAAUGCACACAAGUUCAUAAGUGAUCUACCACUAGGAUAUGACACUCAGGUAGGAGAUAAAGGUAUCCAGUUAUCAGGGGGUCAAAAACAACGAAUUGCCCUUGCUCGUGCAAUGAUUAAAGACCCCAAGAUCCUUCUUUUGGAUGAACCCACAAGUGCUUUAGACCCAAAAUCUGAGUCACUUGUUCAAGAUGCUAUAGAUAAAAUCUCAAAAGGGAGAACUACAAUUGUGAUUGCUCAUAGGCUAGCAACUGUCAAGAAUGCUGAAACAAUUGUUAUUCUAGAGGAAGGAUCCGUUGUUGAAAUAGGUGACCAUAAUCAGCUCAUGGCACGAGAAGGAGCUUACUUUGCUUUGAUCAAACUUGCAUCCGAAGCUGUAUCUUCCAACCCGAUAACUGAAAAGGGUAAUUUUGGUACAAACUACGAAACUUCUGGUGCUUAUGAUUUAUUGAGAUCAAAUCAUGUAUAUGAGAUAUCCAUGUCUGGAUACAUGAAAUCAGUUCAUGAUGCAAACCAAGAAGUGACACAAAAAGAAACCGAAAAGAGGUCAUACACGAUUUCUCAAAUAUGGAAGUUACAGAAACCAGAGGCUGGUCUUCUGUUUGUUGGCAUAAUCUUUGGUAUGCUGGCAGGUGCUAUUCUCUCCCUAUUCCCAUUGGUUUUAGGCCAAGCACUUGUAUACUAUUUUGAUACAGACAAGUCUAAACUAAAGAAAGAUGUCGGGUACCUCUGUUUAGCACUAGUUGGGCUUGGGUUAGGGUGCAUUCUCACCAUGACUGGUCAACAAGGUUUCUGCGGUUGGGCUGGUACAAUACUUACCAAACGAGUUCGUGCUUUCCUCUUCCGUUCUAUACUAAAACAGGAGCCCGGGUGGUUUGACUCAGACCUCAACUCACCCGGAUCACUUGUAACAAAACUAUCCAUUGACUGCAUGAGUUUCAGGUCAGUUUUAGGCGAUAGAUAUUCUGUCCUAUUCAUGGGUUUAAGCUCAGCCGCAGUUGGCCUUAGUGUCUCCUUGUAUCUAGAAUGGAGGCUAGCCCUUUUAGCUACUAUUUUAACCCCUUUCACACUUGGAGCUAGCUACUUCAGCUUGAUCAUCAACCUCGGUUCAAAAGUAGAUAACGGCUCUUACGACAAAGCCAGUGCAAUAGCUUCAGGAGCAGUAUCAAACAUUAGAACAGUAGCAACAUUAUCUACCCAAGAAAAGAUAGUACAUUCUUUUGACCAAUCUUUAUUAAAACCGAAAUCAACUUCUAUAAAAAGAUCCCAAAUCACCGGUAUAUCGUUAGGGUUCUCUCAAGGUGCAAUGUAUUCAGCUUACACCCUAGUUUUAUUUUUUGGUGCUUACCUUGUUAAAGAAGACUAUACAAGAUUUGGUGACGUGUACAAGAUUUUCUUGAUUCUUGUUUUGAGCUCGUUUUCGGUCGGUCAACUGGCUGGGCUGGCUCCAGAUACAUCGAUGGCAUCAACUGCAAUACCUGCAGUUUUUGAAAUCUUGAACAGGAAGCCGUUGAUACAAGGAAAAGGGAAAAAGAUGGACAGAUCAAAAGAUUGUGAUAUAGAGUUCAAGAUGGUGACUUUUGCGUACCCAUCAAGGCCUGAUGUGAUGGUGUUGAGGGAUUUUAGUUUGAAGGUGAAAAGUGGGACCAUGGUGGCAGUGGUUGGAGGUAGUGGUUCUGGGAAGUCAACGGUGGUGUGGUUGACUCAAAGAUUCUAUGAUCCUAUUAACGGAAAAGUGUUGAUGGGUGGGAUGGAUUUGAGGGAUCUUGAUGUGAAAUGGCUGAGACUCCAAACAGCUUUGGUUGGUCAAGAACCGGCAUUGUUUGCUGGCACCAUUAGAGAAAAUAUCAGAUUUGGGAAUCUGAAGGCAUCAUGGUCAGAGAUUGAAGAAGCUGCUAAAGAAGCCUACAUUCAUAGUUUCAUCAGUGGGCUCCCUCAAGGUUAUGAUACAGAGGUUGGUGAAAGUGGGAUUCAGCUAUCAGGAGGUCAGAAACAGAGGAUAGCAAUAGCAAGGGCUAUAGUGAAGAAAUCAAAGGUGUUGUUACUGGAUGAAGCAACUAGCGCAUUGGAUAUGGAAUCUGAAAAGCAGAUUCAAGAAGCGCUCAGGAAGAUCACCAAACGUACCACAACCAUCGUGGUGGCUCACCGCCUCUCCACCAUUAGAGAAGCCAGCUUUAUAGCCGUGGUCCAAGACGGUAAGGUGUCUGAAUAUGGAACCCAUGACACACUUAUGGCCAACCAUGUGGAUGGUGUUUAUGCUAGCCUUGCACGCUCCGAAAUGGAAGCUAAUGUUUUUGCUUAA